AUGGUCAGUGAAUACAAGAGAAUUGUCCUGCUGAAAGGAUUGGAGCAAUUGAGUGACCAUCAUUUUAUAAUAGUUAAGUCUUUACUCGCUGAUGAUUUAAACCUGAAUAAGAAAACGCAAGAUAAAUAUACCAGAGUUAUGGUUUGUAAUUUGUUGGAAAAAAAAUUCAAAGGUGCUGCCUGUGUGAACAAAUUAAUCGAAUUGUUCAAAUAUAUGGAAUUACAUGACCUUGUUAACAACCUUCGAAAAGAGAAGUCAAAAGUUGCUAGGAAAAUAAAAAGGACAACUCUGGCAAAAAAGAGAAACCAGGAAGGAGUUGGCCCUGCUGCACAUGUACCCACCACAAGUCACACUCUGACAUCUGAAGGAGGAGAGAAAACAUCUGUAGUGCAGAAAAGAAAAAGCAUUACCAAAGAAAAGACUAAAGCCAAAAGCAAUAAGACAUCCCAGGAAAAGAGUCAGCCUCCCUGUCCCUCAGAAGCCAGCACAUCUGCAACCAUGGGUCAUCCCCCACCUGUCCAAAUCCCAUUAUCGACUCCAUCCAACACUUCCCAGAUCUCAUCAACAAGACCAUCCAAUGCUUCUUUAACUCAGAAUCAGAAAGCCCCAGCUAAAUGUCAGGGGACUUCCAGAAGAAGUGUUCUCCAAAAGGACCCAAUGAUAGUGAUGGUACUGAAGGCAGCAGAGCCAUUUAAAUAUGAGUGCCCAGAAAAGGGGAAAAACAUGAUGUUUCAUGCUACAGUGGCUAGUGAGAGUCAAUUUUUCCAAGUGAAGGUUUUCAACACUAAGUUGAAAGAGAAAUUUAUAAAGAAGAAAGCCAUCGCCAUAUCUAAUUACUUUGAAUGUAAAGGAAUACUGGAGAUAAACAAAGCAUCAUCUGUGUCUGAAGUUGGUCUUGAUCAAAAGAUUGAGGUCCCAAGCAGCAUUAUCAAGAGAGCAAAUGCAACUCCCAAGAUCAUUCAUCUUCACAAGCAAGCAUCUGGAACAAUAGUGUAUGGGUUAUUUACGUUGCAAAAGAAAAUAGUAAACAAGAAGAAUACAAUCUAUGAAAUACAGGAUAAUACAGGAAAAAUGGAUGUAGUGGGGAAUGGAAAAUGGCACAAUCUCAAGUGUCAGGAAGGAGAUAAACUUCGGCUCUUCUGCUUCCAACUGAGAACAGUUGACUACAAGCUGAAACUGAUGUGUGGAAUUCACAGUUUCAUGAAGGUGAUCAAGGCCCAGAAAAGAAAGAAAGGACCAGUGAAUUCAAUUUAAAUCUGCAAGUUGCCAUGCAGCAAACCA